AUGGCUGGUUCUGCCGUAGAAGUGACAGGACUGCCUCCCCAUUUCGCAGAUAGCGAAAGUGAUUAUGGUUCCGAUUUCUCACCCGAAGAAGUUGAGAUAGUAGAGAAGUUAUUAUCGCCGGUCCACCAAUCCAAGGAACCGACGGAGAUCGAAGACAAUCCCAUUGUCACCGAAAUCGAGUAUCAUGAGCCAGAACGUGCUCUUCGCCUCCCUCGAGUCGUUGGGAAGGAACAAAUCUCGCCUCUGCUCCAGGCUAUUCGUGAUGCAGAGAGGGUUGCUGAUCAAAUCAAUGCUUCAGUCUCGAAACGCGAGUACUAUCCAGACUUGCAAGAUCAAAUACCUGAAGCUGUGCCAGCCGCAGCUCCCGCAAUACAAGUAAAUGAAGUCUCAGUAAAGCCCACAAAGUCUGCAACCUCCGCCCUCCCAGACACACGAUCGCCCCUCGAACGAUUUCGUACCGCGCCGAAGAAACCUCUUUCAGUGACAGACCUUGUGUCUCCUGCAUGGUGUGAGCUGCAAUACUGGUACACAUUGACGAAACUUGGGAGGAGGAAGCAAACACCCGCUAUGAAGCAGGGUAGUGCUGUACACAAAGUCUUGGAAGAUCAGGUACAUAGGUCUGUUCAGAUUGAAAUUCAAACGAAAGAAGACGCAUGGGGUUUACGAAUCUGGAAUGUGAUACAAGGAUUACGAACAUUACGAGAAACGGGACAAACCAGGGAACUGGAGAUAUGGGGUACUAUUGAUGGAUUGGUUGUUAAUGGGAUCAUUGAUGAGUUAAGCUACAUAUGCCCGGAUGUUGAAAUGGAGGUAUCGCUUCUAGGAAAGACGGAGGAGAAGAGCCAAAAGAAGAACAAGAAGAAGAAGAAAUCGCCACCCGCGGAACAAGUUUCCAUAUCUGAUUUCUUUAAAGGAAUGGAAGGUUCGUCCAUUUCAGAGGCGACACGGAUCAAAAUAAGAAAACAGUCGAACAAAGUGUAUAUUUGCGAUGUUAAGACCAGGGGUGUUCGCACGCUACCAAACGAUGCAGCCUUUCGUCCUACUCGAGUACAACUUAUGUUAUACCAUCACUUACUUGGCAAUCUUGCCACAAACUCGGUCGAUUUUAGCGUUUUGGCAGCCCGUUAUGGGUUAGAUACAGGUAAGGCAUUUUCAGAUACAUUCAUCGCUCAGGUCGGUAGCAUGAAUGAAGAUGACGAAGGGAUAUACCAAGAUGCACUUGAGGAGCAGGAUGAUUCAGGGCCAAGUUCUAGUCAAGAUUCUAUGAGUGUUCUCCUCGCUCACAACAAUCUUAAUGCACUAUGGUCUGUGAUGAUCUCUGAAUUCCAAAUCACUUUCCCCGAUGGUGCUGGGUCAUUGGGAAGGAUAUUAAAAACAGAAUAUCGAUCGCGAGAUGAUGGAGAGAUAGUUGGAAUCAAGACUAUCCCCAUGGACAAUGAAGAACUGAGUUCGUACCUGGAGGAAGAACUGCGAUGGUGGAAAGGAGAAAGAAAGGCAAAGGGUGUUCAACUGGAUGAGGCAUUCAAAUGCAGGAGUUGUGAUUUUGCCGAAGGAUGUGAAUGGAGGUUACAGAGGGUUGUAGAAGCAACCGAAAAGGCUCGGAUGAUGAAGAAGAGGGGAAAGAAAAGUGUUGUAUAG